AUGGAAAAGAAGCUACUUCGUUUGGUUUCAUUUGUACGUCAAGACGCAUCUUUUGUCAUGUGUACUACUCGGUGGAGGCACAAAAUACUGACGGAGUUGUCGGUUUGA